UCUAUGGUAUUGCUUCUGGACAUCUAUCCGGAUGUAAUUGUUAGUGAAUUGAAUUUCUUGAGCUAAUCCUGUUUCUUACAAAAGCUUUUCCAUAAUUGCUACAUUUGAAAUACGACCGGGUAAGUUAACUAGCCGCUUCGUAGCGUUAGCUUUAGCAGCUGAGCUAAUCUGACGACGCAGGUUACUCGCCGGUAACCAGGACGGGUUGUUUUACGUUUUUGCAACUUGCAUAUUGAGGACAGGUUUCCCCGUGACCUAAAAUAAACGAAAUUGGGUGGUUAUAAAUAAUUUUGAUUUGAUAUUGUGGGGGGGAAAUGGUAAACCUGCAAAGUUGUGCUACAAUCGGAACCUUUAACCCCCUCUGUCGGUGGACAGACAAAAGCAGCUGGUUAGUUAAUCCAGUGUAGACCUGAGCUCUGCUGGUUUUGCAGUCGUAUUCCCCUUGCUUCACAACUGCGACGACGAGACUGCAAACGACACAGUAGCAUUUUAUGAUUUAACUUAAUCGACUGUGAUCUGAUGCCCUGCCGGGGACGUUGUUUUGAGUUGCACUGGAAAAAUACCAGGCUCGAGAGAAGCCAUGUUGGUUAAGCUGCAAGUCGGGCAACAGCUGAGAUAAUGGCCGAUCAGGACCCGAGGUGCAACUUUGACCUACAGGCGCGCACACACACACUGUGUGUUUGUCUUUUUUCACACGUUCCCCAGUGGGGCCCCAGCUUCGUGGAGUGGCGAAGGGAGGGGGGCUGGCCAUGCAUCGCCUUGUUAUGCAGCUCGACCUGCAUUUCCACAUCAGCUAGUUGAAAUGCUUUUCAUAUGAUUAGUGCCAAAUAGUUGUUUGAAGUUUGUGGCUUUAAUUGAAUAAUGUUUGCAAUUUCAGGGCUGGUAGACCUGGAAUGGCAGUGUCCUAAGCUUGUAUUUACAAGCUGUUGCUUUACUCAUAAUAAACAAAUUGUAACACACAGAACACAUAUCCAGAUUCGGAAUUGGAAGCUGUUGCCACCAAAGAAACUGAAGCAUCUUAACAGGGAACACACCCACAGAGGGAAGAACAGUGGAUGGAAGAGAGAGAGAGACGGAGAGUGUGAAAAGGAAGGAGGAUAAGGUACAGGACUGGACAAAAGUGCCAGAGCAUACCAAGUCAAGACAGAGUCCUUAUUCUACUCCACCUCCCCCCUUUUCCCCUCCCCACACAUAGCAUACACGCACACACGUACAGUCCUCAGCGAUGCCAAGGGGGGCUGAUCAGCCUGCUGCCCGCUCUGACAAGCCCUGCCUCUUCACCUCAGACCCUUGAGGCUGUGCUCUCUGAGCUCUGACGUUUGACCUCCCCUGUUUCGACCUGGGAUCCAGAGGUCACCUGUUCUCCAGUCAGCCCGGGGACGCCCUCCUGCCCAGCCAGGUGUCACAGCCACCAGCGGCACUUAUAGGCAUGGCUCCCAUUCGGGACUCCGUCAGCCACUCCCCUAAUCAAACAGGUCUGGAUCAUCCUGGCUUGGAUUCGCAGUAUGAGCCUCCCCCCUGGUCGUCUGGCUCUCCCUGCAGCAGUGACGGCAACAGCAACUGGGGCAAAGCCCUAGUAGACGGAAGCACCGACACCCCCAAUAACCCUUCUUCAACCAGCUCUUCCGUCUGGCCUCCCUCAUCUUUUUCUUGCUCCUCCUCUUCUUCCUCUUCCGGCUGUGGAUCAGGAUCAGACCCUGAGUCGGCAUCAGAAUGCAUGGACGCAGAUUCUAGUUCCUCAAUCGGCUCAGAGAGAAAUCUUGCUGCUACAACAGUGAUGAUGAUGUCAGCAAAUGCUUCUUCGUCAUCUGCAGCUUCUUCCCCCACCUCUUCUUUGGGGAAUGCUGCCAUGAUGGUCAGCGUUUCAAUGAACGGAGACGGCAAUGGCAACAGUCAUCAGGUGGUUGGCGCAGGUAUGGAAACCAUCAGCAGUGCAAAUAAUGGAAAUAACAUGUCUGAGCCCUCACAGUACUCCAUGGCUGGGUCCAACAGUAUUGGCAGCAAUAACAUGAGCAACCACAACAACAAGCUUGUCAAUAACGGUGGUGUAUGGGGCACCCCUUCAGGCAGCAAUGUGAUCCCCACUGGUGGAAGCACCCCCUGCAUCAAUGGAGGGUUAAACCCAAACACUUUAAACCCAAAUGCCAACCAUGGUGCCUGGCCACAAAAUUCAAUCCCAAAUCCAGCAUCCCAGGGCCAACGGCCUCCACAGGCUCAGGGGAUAGGUUCCAAACUGGGUAUGGCUCCCCAGCAGGCCCCAUUGCUGGGCUGGGGCGGCAUGGCAGCUCCAGACAACAGCAGUAUGAUGGAAGACAGCGAGGUGAAUAAUGGUACAUUAAGCAGCAACAGUGGAAAUGGUGGUCUAAAGCCUACCAACCUUAACACUGAAUCCAAUGGACCAAAUAACACUAUCACAAUGAAUACUACUACUACUACUACUAAUGCCACAAUGACCUCUAGUCCACCAAACUCUACCGCCUCACCCCAACUCAGCGGGGAUUGUUCUUGGGGUUCCAUUGGAGGAGGGACCGGGGGUCCACUGGCCAAUGGAAACCCCUCGUCAGCACCCCAGCACCCCCAAGGAGAACUGGGGGGCAGUGGGGCAUUCGGUACGCCUUGGGGCGCAGCUACCUACCCUGUAGACAAGGGCCCCCCAAAUGCAGACACUGUGAACCCCCAAAUCCCCUCUACUGCUGCUUAUAAAAGUAAUAAUAACCACAAUAACACUGGGGCCCCACGCUGGGACCAGGGGCCCACCAACACCCCAAACCAGCCUCAGAGCAACUUGUCCUGCGGCAUUGGCUCAAAUCAAAUUCUUGGCUCUACAGGCCAAACAGCAGGAAAUGGCAACCAAACGACGAUGGGGCCCCCAGCAGCAAUACCUCGCCCCUGGGGGAGCAGUGCGUCCUUGUCGUCGUCUUCCACAACGCCUAGUAACAACCCUUCAGAUGCUGGAAGUCACAAAGGAAGCUCUUCUAACAAUGGCUGGAAAAGCCUGGAGGAUGACGCCAUGGGAAUGGGAGGAGCAGUGGGAGGCAGUGGAAGCCAUGGCUUGGGGAGUAUCACUGGAGGCUGGGGUCGCUCUGGGGGAAGCGAGGGAAGCGGUGAGAGCUCUGGAGGCCGUUCUAGCUCAGACAGAGAGAGCAUCCAGACAAAGGGGGGAAGGAGCAGAAGAAGUCCCAAUCCUGCAUCAGUACUAUCACUUCUGGUCCGGGCUGAAGUGGACCCGAGGGUCCUGUCCAACACUGGAUGGGGACAGACGCCCAUACGGCAGAACACUGCCUGGGAUGUCAAUUCUCCAAAUAACAAUCAGAACCAGGCCACCAGGGGAGAUGAAAGAAAGCUUAGUAGUGGAAGCUCCGGCUGGGGCAAAACGACACCGGCAGCUCCCUCCCAGACAUCUGGAGGCUGGGGGGGUGGGCCAGGCAGCUCAGGCAUAGAUACAGGAAGUUCUGGCUGGGGAGAGCAGAAACCAACUUCUGGCUGGGACAGCAAAAGCCCACUGAACGGAGGAGCUGGGCAUAGCGGCUGGGAUGAUGGAGCCAGCUGCAAGGGUAAUAACAGCAGCAGCAACACCUGGAGCAACAACAUUAACAAAGAUGACAGAUCCAGUACCUGGAGUAAUACCUCCAAACCACAGCAGGGCUGGGGUUCCAGCAGUGCAAAUGCAAGUGACACCUGGGGUGCCAGUGGAGAAACCACCAGACCAAGCUCCAACAACCACUGGGGAGAGCCCCAAAAAGGCGCAGGCUCAGUAGGUUGGGAUAGCGACAGUGACCGGUCUGGUUCUGGAUGUUGGAGCGAGCCAAGCCGUACCAACACCAGCAGCAGUAACACUUGGGUGGGGAGCGGUGGAUCAAAUACUCCAGACGUGAGCACUCCAAAUCCAGGCUCCACCUGGGGAGAGCCAGUCCUCAAACCCAAACCUCAGAGUACCACUCAGGGCUGGGCUGAGCCAUCGAAGAACAACACUGGAGCCCAGAACUGGGGUGAGCCCAAUCCUAAGUCCUCUAACGAGUGGGGAAAAGGUCCUGAAUCCAACAUGUCCCGAGGCAGCCAAGGUCAAAACAAGCCCACAGGCUGGCUGGGAGGCCCCAUGCCCACAGUAGGUCAGAAGGAGGAAGUGUCGACUGGGUGGGAAGAACCUUCUCCAGAGUCCAUCCGCCGAAAAAUGGAGAUUGAUGAUGGAACUGCAGCUUGGGGAGACCCAGGCAAAUACAGCGGUGGGUCUGUCAACAUGUGGAACAGGACUGGUCAACCAGACCAGGAAGCUGUGGGCCCGUCCCCUCAGCACCAGUCCCACCAGUCCCACCCAACCCACACGUCAAUGCAGCAUGUUAACCAGGACAAAAGCUCCGGUUCUGGUUGGGGUGAGCCAUACCCCCAACAGAAGGAGUCCUCAUCGUGGGGGGAGCCUAGUGCUGCUCCGCCUGUGACUGUGGACAACGGGACAUCUGCCUGGGGAAAGCCCAAUGACAGCAGCUACAGUUGGGGUGACGGCAGGGACAGCAGGGAUAGCAGGGAGUCUGGGUCUGGAUGGGGCAGUCAGCAUAAGCCUGCUCCAGGUCCCAAGCGCAUGGACACAUGGUGUAGUGACGAGAUGGGAAAUAGCUGGGACCAGGAAGAGGAAGUGGAGAUCGGCAUGUGGAGCAACAAUCAACAGGACAGCAGAUCCCAUGACCAAGUCACCUGGAACUACAAGCAUAAAAGCUCUACUAAGAUGAACAAACCAGUCAACAAACAGGAUGAUCCCUGGAUGAAACCCUUCAUCAGCCAGUUCAGCACCAUGAACUUCUCUGUAAAUAUUAUUAAUCAUUCAGUUAAAUAUUCCCUGUGUUUGUGUCCCUCUAGCACACACGGAGCUAUUGAUAACUUUCUUAAUGAAAGUAGUGUUUCGGAAGCAAAAACAGAAGCUAGGGACUCCCCUGAUGACUCCAUUAAGACUGGAGCAGGGAUGGUGCAGGACAAGCGUAUGGACAUGGGCAGUAUUGGGGACUUCAAUGGAGUUAUGGGGAAGAAUUCUGGGUCUCGGCACCACCUCCACAAGGAGUCCACCAUGGAUCGCAGUUCUUACUAUGACAAGAAUGUAAACCCAAUGUUGGGCGGCAACACCGUAGCACAGGGCCGAGGUGGCCCCCAGUCCCAGCCCCCUCCUCAACCCAAUCUUCGUAAUCAAGUGCCUCCACCCAUCCUGUCCGCUCAGGUUCCUUCAUCCCUGUUGAAGUACCCGGGAGGUAAUGGUGGUCUGAACCCUCUGUUUGGCCCUCAGCAGAUGGCCGUUCUCAACCAGCUGACACAGCUAAACCAGAUGAACCAGAUCAACCAGAUCACCCAAUUACAGCGUCUUCUCAUUCAGCAGCAACAGCAGAAGGUUCAAAGCCAGAGACCCAUGCCUGUGGGACGUCAGACUGAACAGACACGUCCAAUUGGUUCAUCUCCAUCACUGAUGCAGCCACCACGACACAUGGACCCCUCGCUGCUGAAGCCGGCCGCGCCCCUCAAGCCGUACCUGGAUAACUACAUGUCCCACAGCACCCCUGAGAUACUGAAGGAUGCUGCCACUCUUGGAUCCUUCAGCAACUUCCCUUUAAACUUGAAUUCUAACCUGAAUGUACCCCUGGACAUGGGUGUUGGUGGUAGUGGUGGUGGAGUGAGCUAUAAAGAGCCACCCCAGUCCAGACUGAAGAAACUUUGGGCUACCGACCCUCCGGAGCAGACCAGCAAACCUGGUGCUAUGUCGUCUGGGCUGCGUCUGGAGGACUCCUCCUUCUAUGACUUAAUUUCUCCUGGCCCCUCUCCCCUGAGUCCUCCCGGCCAAUCAAUGGGCUCGGUGGGCGAUGGCUGGCCACCUCGUGCCAACUCCCCCCCGCCCCAUGGAAACACUGUCACCUGGCCCCCAGAGUUCCGGCCCGGGGAGCCUUGGAAAGGUUACCCCAACAUUGACCCUGAGACUGACCCUUAUGUGACCCCCGGCAGUGUCAUCAACAACCUCUCCAUCAACACCGUCCGCGACACAGACCACCUCAGGGACAGGAACAACGGGCCAUCCUCAUCACUGAACACCACGAUGCCUUCUAACAGUGCCUGGUCAUCCAUUCGUGCCUCCAGCCACAGCGGUUCCCUCACCAGUACAGCACAAAGCACUUCAGCCAGACCCAGUGAGUCAAAGUGGUCUCCCGGCAGCAGUGUGUCAAACUCCUCCCUAGCUCAUGAGCUUUGGAAGGUCCCCCUGCCUCCCAAGGCGCUGUCUGUGGCGGCCCCCUCCAGACCACCGCCUGGCCUCACCAGCCAGAAGCCCAGCCCUGCCUCCUCUGGCUGGGAUGGCUCUGCCCUGAGGCUGGGGGGCUGGAGCACCGCUGAGUCCAGAUACACGCCUGGUUCCAGUUGGGGUGACAGCAGCAGCUCAGGGAGAACCCAGACGCUCGUUCUGAAAAAUCUCACACCUCAGAUUGACGGCUCUACAUUGAGGACCCUGUGCUUGCAGCACGGCCCUCUGAUCACAUUCCACCUCAACCUGCCACAUGGUAACGCUGUGGUAUGCUACAGCUCCAAGGAUGAGGCCGCUAAGGCCCAGAAGAGCCUGCACAUGUGUGUUUUGGGGAACACUACUAUUCUGGCUGAGUUUGCCAGCGAGGAGGAAAUCAGCCGUUUCUUUGCACAAGGGCAGUCAAUGGCCACUCCCUCCUCUGGCUGGCAGACCCUCGGCUCCUCUCAGAGCAGAAUGGAUCAGUCUCACCCCUUUCCAAGCCGUGCUUCUGAACCCAACCAGUGGAACAGCAGCGACCUUCACAGCUCCUCCCUCUGGGGUGGGCCCAACUAUUCCAGUAGCCUGUGGGGGACCCCCAGUGGCACCGAGGCAGGGAGGAUCAGCAGCCCUUCUCCAAUCACCUCCUUCCUCCCAGUGGAUCACCUGACAGGGGGUGGGGACUCCAUGUGAGCUGCCUGCCAGUGAAACAGGCUCGGGGAAGGGUCAGUAGAGAAUUAUCAAUAAUCAGCAGAAUAGAGACACAAAUGUAGUUCUAUAAAUGCAAUGGCACUAGUUGGACUCUUUCUCAUUUACAAGAUAUUCAACAAAACGGGGUCUCCCCUGUGGAAAACAAGUUACGUUUCUCUCUCUGCACAUAUGUCCACUUUGUUUUAGCCCAAAAACAUAUCAGUCGGAAUACUUGAAUCAUGCAGGCCAAUUCUAUAAUGUGAACGGAUGGAUAUUUGCCUCCAGGUAGUGCUCUUUCAGACCGAAAAAAAGCUUCAAUCGAGCUCAUUAUUAUUAUAUAUAUUUUUUGUUUCAUUCGUCAUGUUUAUUUGAAUUCCAAUUCUUUUUAACAUUUUAUUUUUUUGUUUUACUUUUUUUUUUUUUUGCAUUUGUUUGCUGACAAUGUUGGAGUAUGAGCUUUUUUAACUUUGCACUGAAUGUGUUGUGUUUUUUCUCAGUAUAAUCUGCAAUAUAGAGGGAGCAGCCAGUUUUUUCCAGUGUAGCUGUUUACUCAUUGAGGUCCUUACUGUGUGUGUUUGUGAGAAUUACUGUGUGUGUGCGCGCGCGUGAGCUGUGAAUGAGUACGUGUGCGCUCCUCUCUGCCUUGGCACGCCUACCUUACUGCGUUGUCGUGGAGUUCAAGAUCAACAGAUAGUUAAAGAAUUAAACCUGACUUAGGAUGAUUAUCUGGUGAUAGUUCAAGUGACAUUAAAAGUAUUGCACCAAUUUUGUUUUAAAACUAAAGAAAGUUGAGCUCUGCAGUGCAAAGGACUGUAGCCGCAGCUGGGACUAGUAAGCCCCGCCCACCCUACUAUAGGGAGGCGGGGUCUAUCUAGCAAGCCCCUCCCCCUCCCUCCCUUUCUCAUUAGCCCCCUGGCAGGCAGGUUUUAGUGGGGGGGAGGGGGGGGAACAGCACUUUCAGAAUAGGCUUUCAAUGUUUUGGAGGUGCCACACUGCAACCUCUUGUUUACAAGACUUGGGAGGCAGAAAGUGUGUUCAUUCUUCAUUUUAAAGAGAAGAUGGAAUAAAAUUUUUAAAAAUGCACAAAAAAAAUUUAAAAAUGCUUUUAAAAAAAAAAGAUAAAAAUUUUUAAAAACAGAAAAAGUUUAAAAAAAACAACUCUUACUGAGGAUGAAGACGAUGCUUUGUAACUCUGGGAAUUCGGAUCAGUGUUUUUUGGCCAUGGCGUUGGUUAUUUUGAACUAUUCCUCUUUUUGUCUGCUAAAUAACCAGCAAUGGUUCUCAGGAAAUCAAGCCAGUUUUCCCCCCCUUGUAGUUUGAAUUAAAGAAAAAAACUACUACUCCUUGUAGGAAAGGAAAAUACAACUUCUAGCACUGAACUAUGUAAAGGUCUGUAAGUUUGUUUUGUUUUUGUUCUCUCUAUCUCUCUCUCUCACUCUCUCUCUGCCAAAUAACUGCUUUAAGCUGGAGAAGCUCAACACACUGCUUUCAAUAUGCUGUCUUUUGAGGGAGGGAGGUGGGGUGUGUGGGGAGGGGGAGGUCGAGGACACUCCCGGCAUUCCCUCUCCUCCUACUCUUCCUCCUCCUCCACUGAUGUUUAAAAAAAUCAAGAGUGGGGAUCGUUUAAUGCGUGAGCGCGUGACUGUGAGCGGGGAAAUCGUCGUGUCUCGUCAGACUUAUAAACCAAGAGAAAGGCGACUCUGUAUCUAUGCAUACUGUAGCCUCUCGCAUUCACAUGGCCUACUGAGAGGCGUUUAUUUUUUAUUUUUUUCUCCCUCUUCUACCAUGUGUCACAAUGUUUUAGCUGUUUAACAAACAUUACUCGCUUUUCUUUUUUUUUUUUUAAAUUUCUCUCAUUGCCACAAAUGGUGUUUUGAAAAAAAAAAUGGAACGAAGAGAAAAACAAAAACAAAAAUCCAAAAAAAACAAAACUCUCGUUUUGGUUGAAGAAAAUAUUUUAACAGUAAAAAAAAGUCGUCCACAUUUCAUUGCCUUGAUCCUAAUUGUGUCCGAAGAUGCAACAACAAGUCAAGUGGCUUCUACCUGUUUACAAAAUGAAUAUGAUUGUAUUGUACUGUUUUAUUUUCUUUCCUUUGGGGCAAAGGGGGGGAGGGUGGGGUACUCAUCUGAAGUUCCUGACGUACGUGUGUGUGUGUGUGAAUGUGAAAUGUGGAGGUUUUGCAUGAGAACAGCGUGAAUGUAAAAUCCACCAGUGGCGUUUUUCUUCACAACAAGAGAAUAACAGAUUUAUCUACCAGUGAUUGUUUAGUUACUUUGAUGCACAAUUUGUUUGUUAGGGUCGGUGGGGGGGGGGUGAGAAGUGUCAGAGGGGUGCAUGAACGAGGAGUCAGCAUUAGCGAAGCCAUGGACCUUAAUUAUCCUUUCUUCAUCGUGUUUGUGCGUGUCGCC